GCUGGCGCGGGGGAGUGUGGGCCGCUCUCGCAUUGUGGGCGGUAAAGUCGGAGCUCGUGGCUGCAGCAGGGGAACGCUGUGAUGGCGCUGUGUAACGGCGACUCCAAGGAGACUGCUGGAGGAGACAUCAAGGAUGCCAGACAUCAGUAUGAAGGGGCUGUAGUAAUUCUUGAUGCAGGAGCACAGUAUGGAAAAGUAAUUGACCGGCGUGUUAGAGAACUUUCUGUACAGUCAGAAAUUCUGCCACUUGAGACACCUGCUUUUGCAAUCAAAGAAAAUGGUUUUCGAGCCAUCAUCAUAUCUGGAGGGCCAAGUUCUGUCUAUGCAGAGGAUGCUCCAUGGUUUGAUCCAGCGAUAUUUACAAUUGGCAAACCAGUUCUUGGAAUCUGCUAUGGAAUGCAGAUGAUGAAUAAAGUUUUUGGAGGUACAGUGCACAGAAAGAAUGUGAGAGAAGAUGGUCUUUUUACAGUAAAUGUGGAUAACAGUUGUUCACUGUUCAGAGGUCUACAGAAAGAUGAGCUUGUUCUGCUCACACAUGGUGACAGUGUGGACAAGGUGGCAGAGGGGUUCAAAGUCGUUGCACAGUCUGGAAACAUUGCAGCAGCCAUCGCGAAUGAAUCCAAGAAACUCUAUGGUGUUCAGUUCCACCCAGAAGUGGAUUUGACAGAACAUGGGAGAGACAUUUUGAAGAAUUUCUUGUUUGAUAUUGCUGGAUGCAGUGGGACAUUCACAGUCCAGAGCAGAGAAGUAGAAUGCAUCAGAGAAAUACAAAAUAAAGUAGGACAUUCCAAAGUUUUGGUACUGCUGAGUGGUGGAGUAGAUUCUACUGUGUGUACAGCUUUAUUGAAUAAAGCUUUGAACCAAGAUCAAGUAAUAGCUGUUCAUAUAGACAAUGGUUUCAUGCGAAAAAGAGAGAGUCAGUCUGUUGAAGAAGCCUUGAAGAAACUUGGUAUUAAAGUUAAAGUGGUUAAUGCAGCACAUGCAUUCUACAACGGUACAACAACUCUGCCAAUUUCAGAAGAAGACAGAACUCCCAGAAAGAGAAUAAGUAAGACCCUAAAUAUGACGACUAAUCCUGAAGAGAAAAGAAAAAUAAUAGGGGAUACUUUUGUGAAGAUUGCAAAUGAGGUAAUUGGAGAAAUGAAUCUGAAGCCUGAAGAAGUGUAUCUUGCUCAAGGUACUUUGAGACCAGAUUUAAUUGAAAGUGCUUCAUUAGAGGCAAGCGGGAAAGCUGAUGUCAUCAAAACUCAUCACAAUGAUACUGAACUGAUAAGAAAAUUGAGGGAAGAGGGUAAAGUGAUUGAGCCCCUAAAAGAUUUCCACAAAGAUGAAGUGAGAGCAUUAGGCAGAGAGCUGGGUCUUCCUGAAGAUGUAGUUUUGAGACAUCCAUUCCCAGGACCUGGUCUUGCUAUUAGAAUAAUCUGUGCUGAUGAGCCAUACAUUUGCAAAGCCUUUGCGGAAACUAAUAACAUUUUGAAAAUAGUAGCUGAUUUUUCUGCAAGUGUGAAAAAGCCGCACACACUAUUACAAAGAGUCAAGUCCUGUACAAGUGAUGAAGAGCAAGAAAAAUUGAUGCAAAUUACAAGCCUGCAUUCACUUAAUGCUUUUCUUCUGCCAAUUAAAACUGUUGGAGUACAGGGUGACUGUAGGACGUAUAGUUAUGUUUGUGGCUUAUCUAGUAAAGAUCAACCGCACUGGGAUUCCUUCAUAUUCCUAGCCCGACUUAUUCCACGAAUGUGCCAUAAUAUUAACAGAGUUGUGUAUGUUUUUGGACCACAGAUUCGAGAACCUAUAACAGAUGUAACACCAACUUUCCUAACAACAGGAGUGCUUAGUACACUCCGGCAGGCUGACUUUGAGGCGCAUAACAUUCUUAGAGAGUCUGGUUACUCUGGGAAAAUUAGUCAGAUGCCAAUUGUUUUAACACCGCUACAUUUUGACCGCGACCCACUCCAGAAGCAGCCCUCUUGUCAGAGAUCUGUGGUGAUUCGAACCUUCAUUACAAAUGAUUUUAUGACUGGCAUCUCAGCAAUUCCUGGCAAUCACAUUCCUGAAGAGGUUAUUUUAAAAAUGGUGAGAGAAAUCAAGAAGAUACCUGGAAUUUCCCGUGUCAUGUACGACUUGACCUCAAAACCACCUGGAACUACGGAAUGGGAGUGAACGAAACAAUAUUUUUUGUGAAAACAUUCCCAGUGUUAACAGUAAGGUGGAAGUGUGACUGGAGCUGCUACUUUGCACCUUUUUUCUUUUUGUCAUCCCUCCCCUUGCCCUACCCAGAGCCUACCGUAUAAUUCAGUAUUUGGCAAGGAUAUAUUUUAAUGGGUUAAGAAUAUGUAAGGGUUAAGGGAUUCAUCAUCAGAUUUUCCUGGUAAAAUUGUGAAGCCUUUGCCAAUGUAUUUGAACACCCUUUAUAGUUCAAUUUGUCUGGUGUUUUGAACUUUCGAAGGCACAGUUCAUUUGCAGUAAAUUAACUAAGCCAUUGCCAGUAUAUCAUUGUAAAUCUCAAUUAUUGAUGUGACCAAUUUUUUUUAAAACAGAUCUGUUACAAAUAUUUUGCCAAAUGGAUAGGUUGUAUGGAAGUGUAUUGGCAAGUUUUGAUGUAUUCAGUAUGUUUAAAGUUUAUUGACAGUUUGUAAUUGCAUUGUUCUAAAUGAACAAAUUACCAGCAGUUUGGCUCUGUUUAUCACUGUAAUUUUGGAUACUGUAUGAAAUGAUUAGAAUGAACACAGUUGUGAUUUUCAUGGCCUAAAGAACUCUCAAAGGGUUUGAUUUUUGCCAAAAAUCCUGAUCAUAUACAUGCUUUUGAAUAUUAGCAGCCAACUGUGUACUGUACAUAUUUCCUAACUUGCAUGUGAGCCAAAAUUUUAUUUGAAGGAUAAGAGGACUAGGGUUUUCCAAAGGCAGCAUUUUUAAUGUAUCAUUUGACAAUUUUAUAUAUCUAUUUUAUUAACUGACUACCAUAAUUUCAUUGUGAAAUAUUUUCACUUUGCUAUUUACCUAGAUAUCAGUUUAUCAACACAAUAUGUAUGGUUAUUAUUAAUUGUUGCCUUAAUUUGAUCACCUCUAUCCCACAUGUUCAGAAAAUGUAAUUUAUAAUUGUAAACUUUGUCAAAUUAAUAAAUUGAUAAGACAUACCUCAAGUUCUGAAAUUUCCAUGCAGAAGUAACUUUGUCAAUGGUACAAUGUAAAGGUUUUGGGUUUUGAACUUACCACAGAAACAUUUAUGAAAAUCUCUAGUCUGAUGAUAUUAUCUUUAGAUUUUUUUCAUAAAUCCAAAUCAGUUACAUUCAGAAUUUUAGCAAGCUAGGUUCAGUCCAUCUACUUUAUUGAGUGUAUAUCUAAUUUAUCCAAAUUGUAUGUACAGAAAUAAACAUUUUCUUCUAUGCAUCUACAUCUUAAAUAUAUUAAAAUUUCUGAAAGUUGGAAACCAAACAUUUCAGUGAAGGUGCAGACUGUUUGGCAGAUUAGAUGAUCAGAUCACUUCACUUGGGUGAUUUGAUAAAGUGCAACUAACAGAUUUUGCAUCAUUUUCAUUUGAAAGGUGUUUUCUUGCUCCAGUUUGUAGCUACAUGCAGGAACAUUCAUGCCAUUAAAGAUUUCAUAUCAA